GGGCGCGCUCCGGGCGCAGGCGGUGACGUGUUGCCGGCUGGGGCCGGGCGGGGGUGCGGCUCCAGGAAAGGAGCGCGGCCUCCAGGAAGCCGGCUGGCUGUGAUGCUGCCCACUGGUGGUCCCGCGCUCCCGGGGUCCCCGGCCGGCCAAGCAGGAGGGCUCUAACUCCGUGAGGACCCCAGCAUUAUUUCUAUAAUUGUGAGAAGGGCUGAAUCCCAGAGCAUUGCCUUGUUGCUGACCUUUCAGUAUGGGGAGGAUUGGCAUCUCCUGUCUUUUUCCUGCUUCUUGGCAUUUUAGCAUAUCUCCAGUAGGGUGUCCUCGAAUUCUGAAUACCAAUUUACGCCAAAUUAUGGUCAUUAGUGUCCUGGCUGCUGCUGUUUCACUUUUAUAUUUUUCUGUUGUCAUAAUCCGAAAUAAGUAUGGGCGACUAACCAGAGACAAGAAAUUUCAAAGGUACCUGGCACGAGUUACCGACAUUGAAGCUACAGACACCAAUAACCCCAAUGUGAACUAUGGGAUCGUGGUGGACUGUGGUAGCAGUGGGUCUCGAGUAUUUGUCUACUGCUGGCCAAGGCAUAAUGGCAAUCCACGUGAUCUGUUGGAUAUCAGGCAAAUGAGGGAUAAAAACCGAAAGCCAGUGGUCAUGAAGAUAAAACCGGGCAUUUCAGAAUUUGCUACCUCUCCAGAGAAAGUCAGUGAUUACAUUUCUCCACUUUUGAACUUUGCUGCAGAGCAUGUGCCACGGGCAAAACACAAAGAGACACCUCUCUACAUUCUCUGCACGGCUGGAAUGAGAAUCCUCCCCGAAAGCCAGCAGAAAGCUAUUCUGGAAGACCUUCUGACCGAUAUCCCCGUGCACUUUGACUUUCUGUUUUCUGACUCUCAUGCAGAAGUAAUUUCUGGGAAACAAGAAGGUGUGUAUGCUUGGAUUGGCAUUAAUUUUGUCCUUGGACGAUUUGAGCAUAUUGAAGAUGAUGAUGAGGCCGUUGUGGAAGUUAACAUUCCUGGAAGUGAAAGCAGCGAAGCCAUUGUCCGUAAAAGGACAGCGGGCAUUCUCGACAUGGGCGGCGUGUCGACUCAGAUAGCGUACGAAGUCCCCAAAACUGUAAGCUUUGCGUCCUCACAGCAGGAAGAAGUAGCUAAAAACUUGUUAGCUGAAUUUAACUUAGGAUGUGAUGUUCACCAAACUGAGCAUGUGUAUCGAGUCUAUGUGGCCACGUUUCUUGGAUUUGGUGGCAAUGCUGCUCGACAGAGAUACGAAGACAGAAUAUUUGCCAACACCAUUCAAAAGAACAGGCUCCUGGGUAAACAGACUGGUCUGACUCCUGAUAUGCCGUACUUGGACCCCUGCCUACCCCUAGACAUUAAAGAUGAAAUCCAGCAAAAUGGACAAACCAUAUACCUACGAGGGACUGGAGACUUUGACCUGUGUCGAGAGACUAUCCAGCCUUUCAUGAAUAAAACAAACGAGACCCAGACUUCCCUCAAUGGGGUCUACCAGCCCCCAAUUCACUUCCAGAACAGUGAAUUCUAUGGCUUCUCCGAAUUCUACUACUGCACCGAGGAUGUGUUACGAAUGGGGGGAGACUACAAUGCUGCUAAAUUUACUAAAGCUGCAAAGGAUUAUUGUGCAACAAAGUGGUCCAUUUUGCGGGAACGCUUUGACCGAGGACUGUACGCCUCUCAUGCUGACCUCCACAGGCUUAAGUAUCAGUGCUUCAAAUCGGCCUGGAUGUUUGAGGUGUUUCAUAGGGGCUUUUCGUUUCCUGUCAACUAUAAAAGCUUAAAGACUGCCUUGCAAGUUUACGACAAGGAGGUUCAGUGGACCCUUGGAGCCAUCCUCUACAGGACCCGCUUUCUACCAUUAAGAGACAUCCAGCAGGAGGCCUUCCGAGCCAGUCACACCCACUGGCGGGGCGUUUCCUUUGUCUACAACCACUACCUGUUCUCUGGCUGCUUCCUGGUGGUGCUGCUGGCCAUCCUGCUGUACCUGCUGCGGCUGCGGCGCAUCCACAGGCGCACUCCCCGGAGCAGCUCGGCCGCUGCCCUCUGGAUGGAGGAGGGCCUUCCUGCCCAGAACGCCCCGGGGACCUUGUGAUCCAGCUCACAGCUCCACGAAGACUCAAAAGGAAAAGCCAUUUUUGCCUCAGGGUUUCUCCUCUUUAUUUUCCUGUGGUUUUGUUUUUUCUUUCCCUUUUUUGUUCCUCCAAACAAAAACAAAAUGCAGGCCGGGCGCGGUGGCUCACGCCUGUAAUCCCAGCAUUUUGGGAGGCCGAGGCAGGUGGAUCACGAGGUCAGGAGAUCGAGACCAUCCUGGCUAACACGAUGAAACCCUGUCUCUACUAAAAAUACAAAAAAUUAGCUGGGUGUGGUGGCGGGCGCCUGUAGUCCCAGCUACUCAGGAGGCUGAGGCAGGAGAAUGGCGUGAACCUGGGAGGCAGAGCUUGCAGUGAGCCGAGGUCACGCCACUGCACUCCAGCCUGGGCGACAGAGUGAGACUCCGUCUCAAAAAAAAAAAAAAAUGCAUUGUUUAUAAGCCCUGCUGUCUAGAAGUAUUGCGUUUAGCCAUUUUGAGUACAGCAUUAAAUUGAGGAGUGGGGAAGAGGGAAAUUCACUUGAUUUUUGCUGCACAGGAUAUCUGCCAAAAAUAAAUGAGAUUUCUGGGGUUUCUUUAAGGAAUGUUAAAUUUAAACACAUGCACUUUGAUACUGGAGGGAGGUGGAAAGAUGCAUUCUGUCAGUGGAGAGGGGACUGAAUAGUGAUGCUUUUAUAGAACCAAAAAACUUACUGCCUGAAAUGAUAAUCCUCUUUUUUCUCUAUCUUGAAAGCUCUAACCUGAAGAGGGUGAUUUUUCUUUUAUUUAUUGUUCAGGUCUGUUACUGUAUAUGUUUUCUUUGCAAAUUUAAAUUUUUUAAACCAUUUAUAUCCAAAACAGAGAAACAUGGGCACCAGGAGAUAACCAUUUAUAAAAGUGAUAGUGAACUAUCGACUACAGCUUUGUGUGAGUGUGUGAAAAAUCCCAAGAAACCAGCGUGAGGGGAGGCAAUGCUGGUUCUUUAAAAACACACACUUCAGAAUUUACUGGUACAUUUUAUUUAGAAAAAUCCUCGUUACUGUUAUCUUUUCCUGACCGCAGGUAAUUACGCUCCUUAUUCCAUAUUUCAGUGGCAUUAGAACACUGUGGUUUUGAAAGAAUUGGAAAUUCCUAGUUUCACCAGUUUUGGUUUUAUUGGAACUAGAGUACAUGCCCACUUCUUGCUCAGUAUUCCUCAGUGUUUCUGCUUAAUUGUGCCUCAGUUUCUUCCAGCUUCCAACUGGUGUUUCCCCCACCCCCCUUAAUUAAAAGUCGUCUCAGCUUUUAAUCGUACUGGGAGACCCCAUGCACAGCCUGCCGAGUCCUCUUCCUAACCGCAUUGACUGAGGCUGUUGCUGGCAGUGCCACUGUAAAUCCAGAAGGGAAGAGUCUGCAUCCAAUACAGGAAAUAAAUUCACAUUUUGAAGGAAAAAAUUCGACAAUUUAAGCCAAAAUCUAAAAAGGACAAUUGGAUUGGCAUAUGUGAGAUUGGUGUUUUUUCACCUAUUUAUUUAGUUGAGAAGUUUGGGGAAUUCUCAUACAGUUUUUUUAGGUGGAGUUUGUUUUGUGCGAGUGUCUGUGUGUGCUGUUCCCUAACUCCAGAACAGUUAAAUUCAUGUAGUUGGUAGCAGAUUAGUACCCAGAAGUGGGGUUGUUGCUAUAACAGAUAACUGAGGAUAUUAUAAAAGUGGCUUUGGAACUAGGUACUGGGCAGAGGCUGGAAGAGUUUGGAGAAACAGGAGAGAAAAGGCCUGUAUUGCCAUGAACUGAGCAUUAGGGGCAGUUCUGCUGAGGGAUCAGAAGAGAAGACCAAGGGAAUUCUGUCCCAAUUGUGGCUCAAACUGCCUCAGGUGCAGCUUAACCUGCCUCUCUGGAAGGUAAAAUGCAUCUAAUCCUUGAGGCAAGAGCUGUGGGGGCAUGACUCCCUCACCUGGAUUUCAAAGCGUGUUACUAGCAGCCUGGGGACCCAGGCUCUGCCUCUCUGGAUUUACCUGCAUCGUAUUUGCGCUUCAUGGUCAAAGUUGUUAAGAAAGGGGUGAGCUUCUGGCUACCUAAUAAGUUGGUCUUGGCCACCCACCUGCGACACUUCCUGGAGGAGCCAUGGAUUAUUGGUGGAGGCUGCAGGGAGCUGGCGAUGGAGCCACUGGGGUCAGCGGCAGAGAGAGAAGAAAGGAAAGGAAGGGGCCACAAAUGGGUGAAGUGGGCAGGUGGGCACCCAGGGAGUUAGGGGACCCCGCCUUCCAGCUCUGGGCAUAGAAGAGUUAGUCACAUACCUGAGGGUCCUGAAACAAGGGCUGAGAAAACCUCACUGCUCCAGCUGAGAGGCAGUAGUGGAUUUGCCAUUUUUAAACAGUUGCCUAAGAAAAAACGUUGAAGAAUAUGCAACAGACACUAUAUGUGGCCUGUAAAGCCUAGAAUAUUUACUAAAAUAUUUACAGAAAAAGUUUGCUGGUCCUUGUGAGAACAAUGCCGUUUAAAAAAGGAUACAGACAGAAGCUUCCUCUUAAAUCAGGAAUGCAGUUUCCAUUUGUGGGCACGAAAAGAUGGACGAGAAGUAACCAAACUUCAAUCUUAAAAUAUUUGUUUAUGCACCAGAAUUUCACUUCGGAUUUUUCCGUCUAGAUUAUUUUCAAGAUGAGUUUUCAAACAAACCAAGAAACCUGCCCCUCACCCAAAAUUGUUUAAAAAGAGACCACUCAAGGGAGUUCAUUAUGCUGUAUGGAGAUGUCUGCAGUCACAGCAAAUCACAUUCCAGAGAAGGUCUCGCGUAGGUGAAGACAGCCAGGUGCUUUCUCUAAGAGAUACAGGGUGGGUGAGAGACAAGCCAGGGAGGAUCUUAAUUCAAGAGAAGAGUUCAUACCAAGAGCUGACCAAGAAGGCAGUAAACUCUGUGUACUUGUAGCAGAAGAAGUUGGACUAGGAACUUGCCCAAAGUUUUAUCAAAGAAAAGCAUUGUGUUCAAUCUUGAUAGAAACAUGCCAGCAAUAAGUGCUUAUGUUCCAUAGCCAUAUCAUGGGCUUCUCACUUUUAAACCUCCUCCAGGGGAUGUUCUCAGAGAUUUCACAAUCCCUCUGGGGACAUUACAGUAGAAGAGAAACACAUGGAAUUGUACCAGUGCUUUUUGCCCAUGUUCAUCCUAAGCUCCAGCUUUAGGCAGUGCUUUCUGACCUGGGCGGAGUGAAGGCGCUGCUGGUGGCUGAGGCCAGUAACAUGGGGCCCCUGCCCAGCCACCCUGAAGGCUGGGUAGGUCCCUCUUUUCACCACCAGUUUUCCACACCUGUGUACUCUAGAUUAACAAACUCUGGAUAAACAGAUAUUUACAUUUUAAACUCAGGCCUACACAGAGUAGUUUUCCUUAUAAGGAGCAUGUAUCACUUAGCAAGAAACUAAAAAUGGCAAUUGGGUUUUUCAUCCUUUAAGAAAAAAAUCAGCUUUAGAAUUCUCUGCGGUCAGUUGUGUGCAAUGCAACAAAACUACCUUUCAGUAAAUUACUUAGUUAUUUAUUUCAGUGUUUUGUUUCUUUUGAUACUAAGUUUCCCUUUCAAUAAUGAAUGAUGUGACCAACCAAGGAGAAUUUGUUUGUUCUGUACUAAAAUUAUAUUUUACAGUUAGGAAUUAUAAAAAGCAAGGGAGCAUCUUUAAAUGUUUUCUGUUUAAGCGAUGUCUUCCAUCCAAAGUAAGAAUAAUUCUCUCGGAAGGUCCCUGUGGUGUCAUGUCACUUGCUGUAUGUGGCAGCCUUACAUUGCCACACUUGGGUACUGAAAAAUCAAUAAAACAAAAGUUCAUCAUCCCAUG